UAGUGCUGCCCCGAUAGCCCCCAAAGCACGGACGCUGCUGGUCUUCUUCUCUGGGGAACCACCGGAUCGAGCGGGGAGAUCCAGGAUGACGACGGCAUGGCGCGCGCUGCUGCUACUGGUUGUCUCGGCGGUGCUCGUCCAGAUCCGCGCCUCUGAGCCGUUGCUCUACGAGCCGUUCGACGAGAGCUUCGAGGGGAGAUGGGUCGUCUCCGGCAAGGACGAGUACAAGGGUGUAUGGAAGCAUGCCAAGAGUGAUGGACAUGAGGACUACGGUCUCCUUGUUAGUGAGAAGGCCAAGAAAUAUGCCAUAAUUAAGGAGCUGGAUUUCCCAGUCACUUUGAAGGAUGAGACAGUUGUCCUGCAGUUUGAAGUGAGGCUUCAGAAUGGCCUUGAGUGUGGAGGUUCCUAUCUUAAGUACAUUCGCCUUCAGGAUUCCACGUGGGAUGCCAAGGAGUUUGAUAAUGAGACUCCUUACUCAAUUAUGUUUGGUCCUGACAAAUGUGGUUCAACCAACAAGGUGCACUUCAUUCUGAAGCACAAGAAUCCCAAGACUGGCAAGUAUGUUGAACAUCAUCUCAAGUUCCCACCAUCUGUACCAUAUGACAAGCUCUCCCAUGUCUACACGGCUAUCUUGAAGCCGGAUAAUGAGGUGAGAAUUUUGAUUGACGGGGAGGAGAAAAAGAAGGCAAACUUCCUGUCUGCUGAUGAUUUUGAGCCUGCCCUUAUCCCACCCAAGACCAUUCCUGACCCUGAUGACAAGAAGCCAGAGGACUGGGACGAGAGAGCUAAAAUCCCUGAUCCAGAUGCUGUGAAGCCCGAGGACUGGGAUGAGGAUGCCCCAAUGGAAAUCGUUGAUGAGGAGGCCACCAAGCCGGAAGGAUGGUUGGACGAUGAGCCUGAAGAAAUUGAUGACCCUGAAGCUGCCAAGCCUGAAGAUUGGGAUGAUGAGGAAGAUGGUGAAUGGGAGGCACCAAAGAUUGACAACCCCAAGUGCGAAGAGGCACCUGGAUGUGGCGAGUGGACAAAGCCUAUGAAACAGAAUCCUGCUUACAAGGGCAAGUGGCAUGCACCUCUGAUUGACAACCCCAACUACAAAGGAGUGUGGAAGCCCCAAGAGAUCCCCAACCCUGACUAUUUUGAACUAGACAAGCCUGAGUUUGAUCCAAUUGGAGCUAUUGGGAUUGAGAUCUGGACAAUGCAAGAUGGCAUUCUUUUUGACAACAUUUUGAUUGCUGAUGAUGAGAAGGUUGCCAACUCUAUCCUAGAGAAGACAUGGAAGCCCAAAUAUGACCUUGAGAAAGAAAAGGAGAAGGCUGAGGAGGAGGCUGCUGCAGGUCCUAGUACUCUUUCUGAUUUACAGAAGAAGGUUUUUGAUGUUCUUUACAAAAUUGCUGACAUUCCAUUCUUGGAACCUUACAAGUCGAAGAUCAUUGAUGUAAUUGAGAAGGGUGAGAAGCAGCCCAACAUCACAAUUGGAGUUUUGGUGUCGAUUGUUGUCGUCUUUGUGACCGUGCUUUUCAAGAUCCUGUUCGGCGGCAAGAAGCCAGCAGCGGUCCCUGUGAAGCCUGCUGCUGUCUCCAAGAAGCCUCAGCCUGCUACGACAGACGCAGCUGGAAGCAGCGGCGCCGAUAAGGAGGAGGAGAAAGAGGACGAGAAGGAUGGAACUGCCGCCCCACGCAGGAGGUCCCGGAGGGAGACGUAGAUUUCAGUCUUGUUUUGACGCCUUAUGUCAGCUGUUUGUGGCACCUGCUUUUUUGAGAAUUUAGCUUACUAUUUUGAGUGUAUAAUAGGAUACCUUGGACACCUCUGCUACUUUCCUGCUGAUGAUUUUCCAUCCCCAGUUUAGAUGUUAGCCCUCCAUGUUCGGUUGUUUUGUGACUUUUGUGAGAUUAAACUUGAAGGAGUCUCUCAGAUCAGUUAGCUGGAUGUUGUAAGACCAAAUGCAAAUGAAGUUCACUUCUACCCGUUGAAUCUGUA